AUGAUGGUAGCCAGCCAUGAUACCAACAACGAAGCGCGCGAUAACAUUAAACAUAUGAAGAGAGAGGCGCAGAGAAAACACCGCAAAACGCAGAAGGAAAGGAGACAAUAUGACAUGAAAAAAGUCGAAGAAUUGGAGCGGCGACUCCAAGAAUCCGAUCAGAAAAUCCAGGAAUUAAAUAUUCAGCUUGUGCAGUCCCGGGCCGAGCAUUCCCAGUGUGCGCCGCGGGCAGAUCAAGCACAAGAGGCAUUGAGAGAGAACCAGCGCAUCCUGAAACUGAUGAUGACUAAGUUGUCACCUUCGAGUUCUCACCCGGCCAACAACAUUGAUACCAAAUUUGGGGGUUCGGGCAGCUGGUUGACCUUUACGCCUCGCUUGAAUGGCCACAGCCAGUCUUGGCCUUGCUUAUCACCAGUAUCGCCAAUGCCAGGGAACGAGUCGUCGGGGAUUUCCCCAGGCGCCAUUGAGUUGACGGGAAAGAGAAAUUAG